UAUCCAUGUCUUCAUUUAUUUUGUUUUUAAUAUCUAUUACGUCCUUACGCGACAUUUCUGUUUUAAUUUGUUAAUAAAGAAGUCUCUUUUCCGGUCUAUCUCCCGCUAACUUAACUGCUCGGCUGUUGGCAGUGAGUCGAUUAACGAAUCAUCGAUCGUCUACGCUGCCAACAACAUACCGCUACAUUAACGCUGUUACCCCGAGUUUAGUCUUUAAGGUAGGAUUCUUCAUACCGCACGUUUAACCAGUAACGUGUUGAAGGUUACAGUUGGAUGAGAUGAUUCUGACAAAUGUGUCGAUAAAGAGCGAAAAAGUGCGAAGAGUGAGAAAGUGAGAGAAAGAUUUGCCUGUCAAACAUAAUGGAGGGGCUAAAAUCACCCAGAUAGUCAGCUAAGUCGAUAGCCGAGCAGCAGCCGCAGUGGGCCGUACUGACAUGACUGACGGCGCUAGAACUUUCCACCGGCCCGUAACUGCUGUCUGUAUGUUCAGUGUCAGCGGCGGCCGGAUCCGUUCCUCCGCCUGUUACCGGAUAAGACCCGGCAGUUAGCAGUUCGGAGCUGCUGAGUCAGACCAACUGGCGGGCUAGGCUGCAGCUAACGGCUAACGGCUAACGGACAGUCACCGGGGAUGUUCGGUUGUCUGGUCGCCGGCAGGUUGGUGCAGACUGACGCGGUGCAGGUCGCUUCGGACAAGUUCGUGUUCAACCUGCCGGACUAUGAGAACGUGAACCACGUGGUGGUGUUCAUGCUGGGCACCGUGCCGUUCCCCGCCGGCAUGGGCGGUGCCGUCUACUUUUCCUUCCCGGACCCGGCGAGCGGCGGCCCGGUGUGGCAGCUGCUCGGCUUCAUCACCAACGAGAAGCCCAGCGCCAUCUUCAAGAUCUCCGGGCUGAAGGCCGGGGAGGGCGGGGCGCACCCCUUCGGCACCAUGGCCUCCUCCUCCUCGUCCCCCUCCGUGGCUCAGGUCGGCGUGUCGGUGGAGGCUCUGGACCAGCUGGCCCAGCAGAUGCCGGUGUCCAGCGCCGCCGUGUCCACCGUGGACUCGUUCCUGCAGUUCACCCAGAAGAUGCUGGACAGUCUGUACAACUUCGCCUCCUCCUUCGCCGUGACACAGGCGCAGAUGACGCCGAACCCCAACGAGACCUUCAUCCCGUCCAGCUGCGUCCUCAAGUGGUAUGAAAACUUUCAGAGGAGGAUGGCCCAGAACCCGAACUUCUGGAAAAACUGAUGAGAGCAGAGACAUGAGAGACUCUGACCAAAGACAAACCCUGCCGAGGACAGUUUCCACAGUGCCUACAGCUUCUAAUAAAAGUCUGUACUAGUUUUAACCCA